AUGGGCGUGACAUGGCACUUCAAUGCCCCAGCCUGGCCCAGUGCUGGAGGUCUAUGGGAGGCUGCUGUAAAAAGCGUCAAAUUUCACCUCAAGCGGAUUCGACACCGAUUCGGACUGUUCGACGAAGUAUGCUCGUCGGGCGGUGUUCAAGUAAGACAUUGCAAUUGGGUGAGGUUUCUACGGGUCUCGGAGAACUAUGGGCCACAAGUAAAUUUAGUCUGCACAAAAAUCAAGGGCGAGCCAGUAUACGAGGCGGUCAAGCCAGUAUCAGCACAUACAGAGCUGGUGGUCUACUACCUCCCUGAAAGACCUGAAGAGAUGUUCUUCGUAAGAAUGAGGAACAACCUGUAUAGGCAAACCAUGGACUCUAUAUUAGAAGACUCACCGCUAGACCUGUCAACGUCGUUGCUGUCAAGAGUGCUGCUACCAAUAUCACCUCCUUCCGGUCCUGAGGAUGAGCACAAGUCUGUUUCUGGAGACUCCUUGACGUCAUCGUCGGCGGGGUCAUCAAACGAGCUAUUAGAAAUGACGCCAAAAGUUCAGAGGAGGCCGGCGAAAUCAGAAAGAGCUUUAUUGCCAUGCGAAGUCUGUGGGAAAGCUUUCGACCGGCCCUCGCUGUUGAAACGUCACAUGAGAACACACACAGGUGAAAAGCCACACGUCUGCAUAGUCUGCAAUAAAGGGUUCAGUACAUCCAGCAGUCUGAACACGCACAGAAGAAUACAUUCGGGAGAGAAGCCUCAUCAAUGCCAGCACUGCGGGAAGAGAUUCACGGCCAGCUCCAACUUGUAUUACCAUCGAAUGACGCAUAUAAAGGAAAAGCCUCACAAGUGCAGUCUCUGCUCCAAGUCGUUCCCGACUCCUGGGGACCUCAAGUCCCAUAUGUACGUCCACAGCGGCUCCUGGCCCUACAAGUGCCACAUAUGCUCCCGAGGGUUCUCCAAGCACACCAACCUGAAGAACCAUCUGUUCCUUCAUACCGCUAAACAUCAAAGAAACAGCGCGAGAGAAGCAACCUGAAUCUCCCAGACACUAAAAUGAUGAUUUUUAUCAAAUAAUAUACUUCUACAAAACAGUAAAGUACUUACAUAUCUAUAGGUAUACAAAAUAAAAUGUGUGAUACUAGCUCAUAAAUUAUAUUAAGUUUUAAUUUAUUAUUCAUGGUAAAAGCGUAUUAAGCUCGAGCAGUUUAUAGGGUAAGAACUUAUUCAGUACAACACUGCAUUUCUGAACUUAAGAAUUAAAAAAAUAAGUUUUAAGUUUUUUUUGUUGAAAAAAGAUCAAAAUUGGUUUUUGUUUUUAUGAUCUUAAAAACUUGGCACUAAGUAGAAUUUGAUACACAAUUUGCGUUCUGCGGUCUGCGGUCACGCAGCUCGCAACAUAUUGUAUGAAUAAUAUUGAUGGAAAGGGCAAUGCUCGGUGUUUCUUUACGAGAUCAAAUCAGAAAUCCGUAAACGAACUAAAGUCACUGACAUAGCCCGACGGAUUACCAAGCUGAAAUGGCCCGAUGGAGUGGAGGCCACGUACCGGAAAACGCAACAAGGUGAACCGACGACCUGAUAAAGGUAGCAGGAAGACGCUGGAUGCAGGCCGCUACCAACCGUGCGAUAUGGAAGUCAUUGGGGGAGGCUUAUGUUCAUACACAGGCAGGUGCGGGCUACGUUCAUUUGACCUGACCGUGGACCGCAGGACGUAUCUAGUGUAGUAAUAAAAGGGGAUCACUGAUGACUCCCGUGGUGUUAACAAUGACAAAACAUGUGUCAUUUAAGGUCACUGGCUACCCGCUAGGGUGUCAAAGUGUCACGGAUGUACAUAUU